UCUCGGACGUAGGCAGGGGGAUCACCCUCGCCUUUCUCCUCCUCCUCCUCCUCCCCCCCACCUGCCCGGCCCGCUCCGCGAGCGGCAUGCCCCCGGCUCCGGCUGCUGUGCCCGGGCGCCGCGGAGCCGGAGCUGCCUGUUGAUCGCGCCUGGCGAGGCGAGGCGAGGCGAGGCUGCGCCGGCCGCCCACCGCGGCGGCUCCCGGCUGGCGGUGCCCGUCCAUGAGCGCGGGGGCAGCGCGGGGGCCGCCAGGAGGAGCCCGCCUGGCCCGGGGUUUAUGAAUGGCCCUGGCAUGGAGGAAAGAGCGGUCCCGAAAGUCAAGAGCAAGAGGAGGAAGCGGUGCUGCCGCGGCCCCGGCGGCGGGGGCUGCUGCUGCUGCUGCCGCUCCCGCUCCCCGCCGCCCGCCGGGGCGGCCGGGCCGCAGCCCGCGGCGCUGCGGGAGGCGGUGGCCUGCGAGGACGAGUUCGAGUGCAAGGAGCUGGAGGCGCUGUUCCAGAGCUACAACCUGAAGCUGGAGCAGACCGCCACGCUGAAGGCGCUGGCCGUGCUCAUCGUGCUGACGGCCAGCCUGGCCCUGCUGGAGCUGCUGUCCGGCCCCAGCCUGAGUAUCUCCAAGGGCUCCCAGCCCGUGCACUGCAUCAUCUUCCUCUCCCUCUUCAUCGUCACCAAUGUCAAGUACCUGCAGGUCACGCAGCUGCAGCAGAUCGUCAAGCUCACCUUGCUCUUCAGCUUCACCUUCUCCUUCCUCUGCUGCCCCUUCUCCCUGGGUGCCUAUGGGACAGAGCCCCCCAGCACCCCGGAGCAGGGCAUGUGGCAACUCAUGUUGGUCACCUUCGUGUCCUACGCGCUGCUGCCCGUGCGGACCCUGCUGGCCAUGCUCUUCGGGCUCGUCGUCUCCGUCUCCCACCUCAUCGUCACCGCCACCUCAGUCAGUGCCAAGCGGCAGCGGCUCUGGAAGACGCUUGUGGCCAAUGCUAUCCUUUUUGUCAGUGUAAACCUGUAUGGGGUUUUUGUGAGGAUUUUAACAGAAAGGGCUCAGAGGAAAGCAUUCCUUCAGGCCAGGAACUGCAUAGAGGACCGGCUGAGGCUGGAGGAUGAAAAUGAAAAACAGGAGCGUCUCCUGAUGAGUCUUUUGCCCAGGAACGUUGCCAUGGAAAUGAAGGAAGAUUUCCUGAAACCACCUGAAAGGAUUUUCCACAAGAUUUACAUUCAAAGGCAUGACAAUGUUAGCAUUUUGUUUGCAGACAUAGUGGGGUUCACUAGUUUGGCAUCGCAGUGCACUGCUCAAGAGCUGGUGAAGCUUCUGAAUGAACUCUUUGGCAAGUUUGAUGAAUUAGCCACAGAAAACCAUUGCAGAAGAAUAAAAAUCCUGGGGGACUGUUACUACUGUGUAUCUGGACUGACCCAGCCCAAAACCGACCAUGCUCACUGCUGUGUUGAAAUGGGACUGGAUAUGAUUGACACCAUCACGUCUGUGGCAGAAGCCACGGAAGUGGAUCUCAAUAUGAGAGUUGGAUUACACACAGGCAGGGUGCUUUGUGGGGUCCUGGGUCUCCGCAAAUGGCAAUACGAUGUCUGGUCUAAUGAUGUGACUCUAGCCAAUGUAAUGGAAGCUGGAGGAUUGCCUGGGAAAGUUCACAUAACAAAGACCACCUUAGAGUGCCUAAAUGGUGACUACGAGGUAGAACCAGGGUAUGGCCAUGAAAGGAAUAGUUUCUUGAAGAAGCAUAAUAUUGAAACAUUUUUUAUUGUGCCAUCCCAUCGGAGGAAGAUAUUUCCAGGGCUGAUUCUCUCGGACAUAAAACCAGCCAAAAGAAUGAAGUUCAAAACAGUCUGCUACCUGCUUGUACAACUCAUGCAUUGCCGUAAAAUGUUCAAAGCAGAAAUCCCUUUCUCCAAUGUCAUGACAUGUGAGGAUGAUGACAAGAGGAGAGCGUUAAGGACAGCCUCUGAAAAACUCAGGAAUCGUUCCUCCUUUUCUACAAAUGUUGUAUACAACACUCCAGGAACUCGAGUAAACAGAUACAUCAGCCGUUUGAUAGAGGCCCGGCAAACUGAGUCUGAGAUGGCUGACUUGAAUUUUAUUACCCUGAAGUAUAAACAAAUUGAACGUGAACAUAAAUACCACCAGCUUCAGGAUGAAUACUUCACCAGUGCUGUAGGUCUUUCACUAAUUCUAGCUGCCUUAUUUGGCCUUGUCUACCUUCUAAUAAUACCACAGAGUACCAUAGUCCUUGUCCUCCUGGUGUUCUGCAUAUGCUUCCUAGUGGCUUGUAUUAUGUACCUUCAUGUCACACGAGUACAAUGUUUUCCAGGGUGCCUGACAAUACAAAUUCGUACCAUUUUGUGUAUUUUCAUUGUGAUCUUAAUUUACUCUGUGGCGCAAGGAUGUGUGAUUGGCUGCAUGCCUUGGUUAUGGAAUACUAAUUCCAGCAGUUCCAUAGUCAUCAUUUCUCCUGGUGGAAUGAAUGAAACAAUGAAAGAACUUCCAUGUGACACAGCCCAUUAUGCUUUCCUUUCCUGUGUCGUGGGGACUCUUACUCUGGCAAUAUUUCUACGCGUCUCUUCCUUGCCAAAAAUGAUCCUCCUGCUUUUUGUUACAGUUUUGUACAUAGUUAUUUUGGAACUCAGUGGGUACAGAAAAGCAGUUGGGGGUGGUUCCUUUUAUAAGCGUGGCUAUGAACCUAUAUUAGCCAUUCUACUGUUCUCCUGUGCUUUGGCUCUUCAUUCCAGGCAGGUGGAUUUGAAGUUAAGAUUGGACUACCUCUGGGCUGUGCAGGCAGAAGAAGAGAGAGAUGAUAUGGAAAGAGUCAAGCUAGAUAAUAAAAGAAUCCUCUUCAAUCUGUUGCCAGCUCAUGUUGCACAACACUUUCUUAUGUCUAACCCAAGGAAUAUGGAUCUUUAUUAUCAGUCAUAUUCACAAGUGGGAGUGAUGUUUGCUUCCAUUCCAAAUUUCAAUGAUUUCUACAUCGAGCUGGAUGGCAAUAACAUGGGAGUAGAGUGUUUACGCCUCUUAAAUGAAAUUAUUGCUGAUUUUGACGAGCUUUUGGACAAAGAAUGUUAUAAGGACAUAGAAAAGAUCAAGACAAUUGGCAGUACUUAUAUGGCAGCUGUAGGACUUGUACCAACUACAGGAACUAAGGCUAAAAAAUCAAUUUAUUCCCACCUGAGUACACUGGCAGAUUUUGCAAUAGAGAUGUUUGAUGUUCUUGAUGAAAUCAACUAUCAGUCUUACAACGAGUUUGUCUUACGAGUCGGUAUAAAUGUUGGUCCUGUAGUGGCAGGAGUCAUUGGGGCCAGGAGACCACAGUAUGAUAUUUGGGGGAAUACUGUAAAUGUUGCCAGUAGAAUGGAUAGUACUGGAGUACAAGGUAAAAUUCAGGUGACGGAGGAAGUUCAGCGGAUAUUAAAGAGGUGUAGUUAUGAGUUUGCAUGCCGGGGAAAAGUCAGUGUAAAAGGAAAAGGUGAAAUGUUGACCUAUUUCCUUGAAGGAAAGGCCAAUGGAGACAAUUCCCAAACACGGUCUUUAAACUUAGAACGGAAAACCUACCACUAUGGGAAAGCAAACAUUCAAACCAAACUUGGCACCAGUUGUCCCUCGGUGUCUUCAGCGACUAGCUUUACUGUAAAACCUGGGGUUGGAACACUUCAGCCGCCAACCGCCCACACAAAUCAAACACUACAUUACCUUCCUUCUGUGCCAGCUGUGAAAGAGGCAUAGAGCAAGGAAAUUUGGUUGUGCCAUUUGCAGUAAACUGAAUUUGCCUGAAUUUUCACCGGGAAAUCAAAGGUCGUUGGCUAUGGCAUAAACCAAGGAUCACUACAACCCAACCAAAGAGAACUUGGGAACUGCAUAAAUGAACUCUUGGAAUGGAACAAAUAAGGGCUAGCAACUUUGUUAGGUUAAGUCAAAUAUUGAUUUUCUGGAUAUAAGGAAUAUUUUCUUGGCAUUUUUAAAGGUGAAUGAUAUAACUACAAAAAGUAAAAGUGGCACUGUAUGUGUGUGCUUAUACACACACACACACACACACACACACACACACACACACAUAUAUAUAUAUAUAUAUAUAUAUAUAUAUAUACACACACACACACACACACACACACCCGCACACACCCCCACAGAUAGAUAUAGAUAUAUAUAAAAUAUGUAUUUAUUUACACAUCCACCUGCAAUGGCAUAACAAAAAGGUUUCUCUAGUAUUAUAGCCAGCACUAUUGGGUGUGAGGUAGUAAAGCUGCUUAUAGGAACAGGAAGUUGCGUAGUUGAAAAUUAUCUGGGGCUAUAGCAAGAAUUAUGGAAACCUUACUCACAGUGCUUGAAAUAAGUCGAUAAGAACCAGUAAGACAAUUGGUAACUGAAAGCUGGACUAAGCCAACUGCAAAACUGAUGCUUUUUUAAAUGUUUAUUGCAUAUUCCAGUAGCUUUGAAUGGGUUGUUUUAAAAUUCCAAUGCAAUGGUAUGAAGAAAUCAGAGCUUAGGAGUUUGACAGGAUACUAACAAGUGUUCUAUCUGUUAAAAGACAAAAAAAUGUAGCUAAAAUACUGCAUGGAACCUUUGAUCCUAUGUGAGACAGAGGUGCCGUCCUGUGAGCACAGCAAUAUGCUUAUUCAAUACAGAAACAGUCUUUCCUGCUUUAUGCACACUGCCAAUUUUAUUGAAGACAGGAACAGUGGAACACUGUUCUUACCAUUUUUUCACUAAAAGCAUAAAUUGUGUUGCUCAGAACAAGGGAUUUGGGUCUGCCGUUUUGAAUUGCUCAAAGGGCUGGCCUGUAUCCGUUGCAAAUAUGUUGUUGUUAGUAUUGUUAUAUUUGUAUGUUUGCCAACAUACUUUUUUUUCCCCUUAUAAUUGCAUGCCACUAUUUCCUGAUACCUACACCAAGCUCACUAUUCCUAAUUGUAUGAUUAGAGAAAAACAUUUUUUUUCAAGACCUGAUUCUGGAAAGCAAGCAUUAUGAGACUUCGCUGAGAUGAGGAACAUUCUCAUAACUUACAAGGAGUUUAAGGGUUGAUUUUAAUUUACAGAAAAGAAAGCACACCUUAGUUGCUCUUAGUUUUAAUAUAGAGAUACAGCCCACAGGGACUAGGUGCCUCAGUGUGCCAUAUUUCAUCUUCAGUCAAGCUCAUGUGAAAUCCACUUCUGUAUUAAAAAUGAGGCAGCCACAGAUCCCACUAGAGAGGGUUCCAGGCCACACAUGGUACAUGGAUUGCUGUCACAACACCAUUGGGGAAAAGCAAAAGUUAAAUACUCAUUCAAGCUUUCUGGAAUGGAGACAAAAACUUAGGGGGGGGUGUUAAAGGUUUUUGGAGGGUUUUUUUUAAUUUGCUAAAGAACAGAACUGUUGUACUUGAUUUGCACCUUUUCUGCUAUGUAAUACAGACAUUAUAUUCAUUUAUUGUCCCACUGAAGCCACUAGGGGGUUCUUUUAGUGGGAACAGUAUUGGGUUUUCAGUUUCAUCACUCUUCCACUACAGACAUUUAUGAUAGCAAAUUCAACUUAUCUAUCCUCAUCACAGUAGAAUCUGAACAUUUAAAUGAAUGGGAGCCAAUCCUUGUAGCCGAAACAACGGCCCAUUGUGCAUCACUAAUUUAUAGUUCUUCACUUGACUAAUUUUUGUAGCAAUAGUCAGUGUGUCAGCUAAAUUUUUUAUUUUAGAGAUUGGAAAAUUAGUCAUGUAAUUAAGACACUGAGUUGGAAAGAAAUGUGAUUUAGUUCUUGGCUAUGCCAUGGACUUCCUGUGCGAUCUUCCACAAAGCACUUAAUUGCUGUGUUUCUCCAUUUGUAAUAAUGGUCCUCUGUUUCACAAGGGCGGUGUUAGGAAAAGUUCAGUAAUAUUUGUAUAGUGCUCAAAUGCUGUGGUGAGGGUGCCCAUCUAAAGACCUAGGUCACGCAAAUUAGAGAGAAUACAUUUUAACGUAACUACAUAGCACUAAACUAACUUCAUGCAAUUUUGCAAUUAUAUUCUUAAAAUACACCUUCACAUUUCCCAAUUUUUAUAUUGGAGGAGGGAGGGGAAGAGCUCCAAAAGCCAUGAUAACCUGGUUACACUACUUAUUCUGUAAGUUUUAUAUCAUGUGUUACCAUCAUAUAUUAAGCUAAACUUUUAACCAAAAUGGAAAAUAGCAUCUAUUUGCAGUUCCAUCAGUUAAAAAUUCAGGCAGUUCAAAAGUUGUGAGUUAAAGUAUCCAGUUGAGAGUCAAAUUAAGCCCAGGCAUAAUUUCACUGAUAUCUAAGUAAAACACUAUAUCAUUGCAUUGAUGCUAUUUUAGAAUAGUAGUAACACUUCAGAACUGCAAUCAUAGAACGAGCACCAAGGAAUAAUAUAAAUAUAGUAUUUCUUAGGCUCUUUUAAAUUGUAGGAAUUGUAGGGACAGCAUUUGAAAUUUUGGCAUCAUGGGGGGGAAUAGGAGAGUGAGUGCUUAGUUCUCCGCACAGGGGCUGCUCCAGUUGUCAUGGCCUCAGCAGUUGCGAUGGUGCAGGCUGAGGGCUGCCAUUCUGGUGCCCUCUCUAAACUGGUACCCAAGGCUGGUGGAGUCCUGCUCACACCCCAAGUUAUGUUACUGGACAGGUUCCUACCAACAUUUUAGCCACCACACAGCGAGCAUGAUUAGAAGCUUUCAGUUAUAUAUUGCUACUGCUUUCCUCCAUAAUCAAAGGCAUGUGACCUCAGCAAGGACACUUUCCAUGUAAGCUUCAAGUAUUCAGUUGUGUUUGCCAUAUAGAACACAGCGUGCUUUUUCUGUUCUGGUUUCUGUUUGUUUGUUAUAUAAUAAGGAAGUGUGUCCUUUCCCCACAGCUGCAUAGUUUAAGAAUGCACAGUGGAGAAACAUGGAAGAUUUCAGCUCUAAAGCAAACAGUUUAAAAGCUAUGAGCAUGUGACAGUGAGAUUACAGUAGAAAAUGUUUUCAUCAAUUACAACAGGCUGUACUGUUCUACCCACCAUACUAUCAGUAUAAGAAAACUGUGUUUUUGCCUCUCUGCUCUUUCUUCUUAUUAAUGAUUAUUUUUCCCAUUUACCUUUCUCCAGGUACAUUUUUUUUUUUAGUUUGCAUAUUCUGCCUCUCCCCCCUUUUACUCCUGUAAAACUUUAGCAACCACUAUCCAGGGAAAAUUACAGUAAUAAUUGUGUUACAUCAACAAAUGCAAACUUGCCAAGCUUGAGAAACUGUUCUUUAUAUUUCUUUGUGGCAGCCAUCUGUGGAUAAUGUUUGGCUUAAUCCAAAGCCACUAGAAGUAAUUUCAAAGAUUCACAAUGAUUUUAAUGGGCUUUGGGUCAGGUCCAUUAUUACUCAUGCAGUAAUAUAUAUUUGAUGCAUUGACUAUUUUCCAAUUCAAGCUCUGAGGUUUUUCACUGGGUGAUCUUGCUGUAGCCCUACUUCUAGGGGGUCGAUUCUGCCCUUUGUAUGUCUGUAUCUCCUUCUAUUAAGGGAGCUCAGCUAGGAACAUGGUGGGCAGAAUUAUCUCCUGUGUUUUAAUUUUAUUCUUGUGUAGCUGUCAGCUUGAAGCAGUUGAACCAGAAUGAGCCUUUCUCUAAAGAGGUUCCACUUUUGGCAAGAUGGCUUUAAUGUCUGUGGGAAGCAAGCACAAUAUUUCACAUCAGUUUGCACGUUUUCUCUUAAGAUAAUAGUAAUAAUUGAAGUCUUUCAUUCUUUAUAUAAGCAGAUAAGUAUCAGAAGUCUUCAGACUUUCUUUUCUCUCUUGGGACCUAAUUCAAGAUGUUCCUAUGCUACCUUUAUCUUUAAACCGUUUUUUAUUCUAACGUUGAAAUUAUGAACUGGCAUUCAGUUGAACUACUGGCUAGAUAUUUCCAAACAUGUUACACUUGCAUUGAUUAGAAAGCAAUUUUACCCAGCAGGUAAAGUGAAUUGUUUCUUUGUAGGUAUUUUCAUCUGUGAGCAUUGACAUUACAUUGCUGUCACCUGAAACACAUACAUAUUAGUUAACUCUGCUUUCUCCAGGUGAGAUUUUUGAGAGAGCCUAAAGUUUCAACUCAUUAGGUCCAAGCAUGUGUUCUUUAUGGGCCCCCAUUGAAAUCAACAAGAGUCUGAGGGGCUGGCAUUCGAGAGUUGGGCCUAUGGGUUCCAGAUUCCACUUUUGGUUUUAAUUUCUAAUUAAAUACUGGUGUUAAUUUCCAAUGCCAUUACUAAAGUUGCUCUCUCUGUACAACACAGUAACUGAGAAAAGAUUACAGGCCUGAAUGUCUUUCUCAUUUUCCCCUGUAAUGCAAUUACAAUGCAAAGAAAAUACUUGGGAAACAUUGUCAGAAAACAAUAUAUGCCCUGUGCCAUUUCUGUGCUCUUGAUAUGAGUAUAUUAACAAGUAGUCAACAUGAAUCGUUUUCAUUCAUUUGAUUAUCUGCUUUGUAGCUGAAACAAACCAUUAAUUCAGUCAUCAGCAAGUCCAAAUUCUGUAUAUUUCCUGUCUAAACAGGAGGACUAUUUAGCCAUAAUGUUCUUUCAAGUUAGAGUUUUGUAUUGCAGUGAAAAGCAACAUUUUUUUAAUUUGUGAUAAAACUGUAUUAUAAUGCCUUAUUUAUUUUUAAUCUUGUACAGUGUUAAAAACAUUGGCCUUUCAUGUAUUAUUCACUUUAAAAUAUGUAUUGUAUGAAAUUUUGUAAAUAGUUUUAGCUAUGACAGGUUAUUGCAUGUACACUUGUAUAAAAAUGCAAAAAGGCACACUUUUAACAAAUGUCAAUGAUUUUUGUAACAGAAGUUUUACAUGUGCAUGAAGAUUAUAAACCCUUUGGAAAUGGACGUCCUUUCACUUUUCCUUGCAAUCUACUGCAUGCCACUCAUGCCUGACUUCAGUAAAACAAAACAGUAAGUUUUCCUAAAUGUUUUUGACAUAUCACUUUUGACACAGUUUAAUCCACUAGUUGCAUGUGCGUUCAGCAAAGCAAAAUCAAAAUAUAAAAAAGCAAAAGAAGCAAAUCUAUAAUAUACUUAUCAUGGUUUGCCAACCUCAGUGUUUCUAGGCCCAUAAUGCGAUAUAUGAAAUGUGCUAUCAACAUCUAUGCUAUCUUUAUAUGGUACCUUUUGGUCCUUAGAAGCAAUAAAUUCCACAUGCUGUAAUAUAAAAAGUGAACGGAUAUACUAGGUUAUAACAGUAUAACAUCUGGCAUUCAAUGGGUACCGUUUGAUGACACGUUUGGAUUAUGAGAGGCAUCAGGGAGAAAGACCAGGUGUCUAAUUCAUCAUUGCUGUAUGCAGGUGCAACACUACUGAAGGUAUAGGAGGCAAAUUUGGUCCAUUGAUGUUACCCAGAUUGUAUUUUUAUGUGGUAAUAAGUUAUUGUAUCUGAAAAGUACACAAUUCAAAUAUCAUCUUUCUAUAUAUAAAAAAUAAUUCUAUGGCCUUAUUUUGACUCAUGUUGUUCCAGAAUGAACUAUAGUUCCAGACAAAGUACUGAAUAGAAUUGUUAUAAAAAAAUAAACUUGGCUCUUUGUUUUUUCUUUUUUUCCCCCUCUUGAAUCUCCCCUAUAAAGUACCAGUCCUGCUCCCGUUGAAGUUAAUGACACAGCCUCCAUUGAUUUACAGUGUACCAAAACCAAAGGUAGAUUAUGAUAUCAGUACACUGGUAGAAUAGAGCAGAAUUUAAUGCUCCAGUUGAUUGGAGCUUAUGCUUCAGAGGAAUUUAAUCUGGUCUCUUACAUAGGAAAAAUGGCUUUUGAAUAAUUUCUCUAUAAUCUCCUAUGAAAACAUGAAUCCUAAAGAUACUGGUUUUACAGUUAACAAGAAAAAUAACAAGCAUGCAUCAUUUUUGAAGCUGUACUAUCUUGUCUUGUAGCUAGGUAGUAUUUGAUGAAUUAUUUAAACAACUGCUAUAUAAUAAGUCAAUAAUAUAAUGUGAGAUCACUAACCACAGCAUGGCACUGAGGUUGGUGGCUUUGGGGAAAAGUGCACAUGUGCUCUAUGUCAUGUGCAGGACUUGUUCUGUGGUUAACAUGAACUUUUUAUAUUUUGUAGGUUUAUAUUUAGUAUAGUAAUAGUACUUAAAACUUAUUUGACUGAAUUGGUCACAUGGCUGCAUGAUUAAUUAACAUGACUCUUUCUACAAGUAACCUUGUCAUCAUAAAUGAAAACAUUGAUCCUUACUUCAUACCUCAAGUACUUUUAAUCACAAAUCUAUAUAUUGUAAUAUUGGCUUCACAUAAUUUGAUAGUUAAUCAUGGAAAUAUGAUAUUCAUCUCAAAUUCAGUGGAUGCUUAAUUGCAAAUGUGAUGUAAUUAUUAUGAUGACAACUUGAACUAUGCCUCAACCUCUCCACCCUUCAGCCUGACAUUCUUCUAUUUCUUUCCUCGCCGGUUCCUCUCCUUUUUUGUUCCCUUCCUUGCCCAGCUUUUGGACAUGCAUUCACCCAUCAUGGCUGCCCAUUCAGCCCCAUCAUGGUCCUAGUUUCUGUCUACUUUGUUUUGUUUUCAAAAACAAAACUAAGAAAUAAGAGCACAUGUAAACAGGAUCUGCCUAUUGGCCAGUAUUUCCAUUUUGAAAUGUCAAACAGCACAUGUAAGCCAAUGGAGCAAAUGGGUGCUUUGAAGCAGGACAGUCAUAAGCAGAAAGCAGAGUGUGGCCAACUAGAGAAAGGGAUGAAAAAUCUGCAGUCAGUGAUCAGUGGAGGGAAGAGCAGUAAGGCUGGAUCCUGCUCCUUUAGAAACCAAUGACAAUACUCGCAGUGGGUUCAGUGGCACUGGAUCAGGUUCUAAUGCCCUAAGUCAGCAUCCUACUCAAGUGCACACUUCAUAUCAAUAGGAAUAAAGCAUGUGCUUAAAGUUGUUAUUAUUCCAGUGCUUGGCUGAAUCAGGUCCUAAAUUUUAAAGCUUGUUUACAGUUCAUGGUAAUGUAUAACAUCUCUCAAUGAACUGUUUUUGAAUUGUCUUAAGAAUUUUAAAAAAAUACUUUGGAAUGCUAUUUUCUUCUUUCAAUGCCUGUUUUAUAACAAUAAAGCAUUUUAGAUGAUAGAUUAGCACUAGCUCAUGUGCAGAGCCAACAUGCUGGCUGGAGGCUUUUGGCUUUUCUUGUGCCUUACCACGUGCUUUAGGGGACUGCUUCUCUGACCUGUUACUCCAGAUUUAGCCCACCAUGGCUCCAAUGAAGCCAAGUCAUACUGGUAGGAGAGAAUGGAGAAGCAAGCUCCAAGGGUGGCAUCUGUAUGGAGCAUUUUUGUCACUUUCAUCCCCAGCUUCGUCCAGCACCAGCACAGCUGCACUAAUACUAGAUUUGUGGGUCAAUCUUUUAAAUAGUAUACAGCUCCCACUGAGGAAGUCCAAACAGGGGGACAGAGUUUCCAGCAUGUCAGGUUAACUGUUCCUAAAAUCUGGCUCCUGAGUUUGGUGCCUAAAAAGGGUAGCUGAGCAACUUUUGAAAAUCUGGCCUUACUGUGCAGAACAGGUUGAGAAAACACAUAGGUAAAAUGUCUGUUCACAGACUACACCGAACUCCUAUCUCUUGCUAGCACCACUAUAGCUGUAUCCAUGCUAGGCUAAAGGUGUUAGAACUGCUAAAAACUGUCAUCGUAGAGUAGGCCAAUGCCAAGGUGUGCAUUAAAUACAGCAAUGCUGCACACUGUUGUGUCUUAUUGCUCAAGUGCCUGGCAUGCUGCUUGUAUCCUAGAUGUGUCAAAGCUAGGAGCAGUUAACAAAAAAACUAGAGAUUGGAGUUAACAGACUGAAAGCAUUUUAAGCUCUUUUAACUGGCUCUUUAGAAUUUGGGUGGCUUGGGGGGUUUCUUCCUAUUACUUUAAAGUGGAAUCAAGUGAUACAUCAACAUGUUCCGAUUUAAAUGUAGUUCAAUUUAAGGUGAACUGUGUGUGUGUUAUCACAAAGAAUUUCUUUGUGUUUAACAAAAUCGCCACAAUAAAAAUCCUUCUCCCAAUGGUAUUCUUGCUUUUACUUUUAUAGCAAUGUUGAUUUAUAUAAGGCUUGAUUUGGAAAAAUAAGUGUGAUUCUAAACCAACUGCCUAAUUUGCAUCUGUGCACGCUGGCAUUUCUGUGUACAAAUUUGGAUUAAUCAUAUGUAAAUGAAAGAAUUGCAGAGUCUAAUGGGCUCUCACAGGUCAUUUAGUCCAAUCUUCCUGAAUGGAUGCAGGGCUGGUUAUUCCUAAAAUGUCCCAGAUAGAUGCUAAUCCAAUGUUUUUUUGUGAACCUCCACUGAAUAAAAUUCCACAAGUUUCUUAGGCAGCUUGUCCUACUCUUCCUGUAGUUAGGUCAGUUGUGAGGAAAUGCUUCCUAAAAUGAUUUUGUAGUAGUUUAAACAUGUUAAUGUUGAGUUAUCUCCUGUGCAUCAGUGCAGCCAGGCAAAGACUUAUAAAACUUGAAAUGGGAAAGAGUUAUAAAACUCUGGGAGGGGUAAAACCAAUACACUUCCUUAGAAGUUAAAAACAGAAUUCAAUGGAGAAUACCUUUCUAUAAAAUUUUGAAACAACAUUGAACCCGUAAUAGGGAUUAAAUUUUUAAUGAAAUUUAGCAGAGCCUCUCCAGCUUUAACCUUCCUUCAUUUGGGGUCAGAGUUAGGGUGAUUUAGCUAACUGGGAUCAUUACAGGAUUGCAUUAGAUAAGGAGUGGGCAAAAUAUGGCUUGUGGGCCAGAUCUGGUCCACCAAGGGAUUUUGUUCAAUUUGCAGCAGGUCUUUUGGCCCCACCUGGCCCAGGCACAGGGGGGGAAGCCCAGGCUGUGGCAUGUGCAGCUGGUUAUGCUACCCCCUAGUAUGCAGCAGGGCUGGGGCAGCAAUAAUGGCCAGACUCGCUUCCCAGCAGCCCCAGCAGUGGCAGCUCCUUCUGGCUGCCACUGCCACUAGCCCCAACCCACUGCCUAGGCACCUCGACCCAACUGCCUCACACCCAUUGCCAGCAGUGGGACUCAUGUGGGCAGGACAUGCAGCUGGGUGGAUGUAAUAGGGGUGACAGCGGAUGGGGAGUGGCGUCCAGGAGGAGGACAGGUGGGUGGGGCCAGGAUCACAGGGCAGUGCCAGCGCAGGGCUGAGGGCUGGGGCAGAGCUGUGAUCUGCUCCCUGUACAGCCCCACCAGUGGAACUCAUAGCCAUCUCAGGGGUGUGUGGGAAGUGCCUUGGGCCUUGUCCCUUCACUGUCAUGGCCCCACAAUCCAAAUUGCAGCCUCAGCCCCACCAGCCCAUCCCCCUCUUGAAUGCUGUUCCCUGCCUGCCUGCAGCCUGAUCCCAUCCACCUAGCUGAGCACAAAGCAGAGUCACUUAGUUUUGAUGAGAUAUUGGAGGUGAGGGGUACUGACCUGGCACGGGUCAUAGAAGAAUGUCAGGUUAACCCAGCCCACAACAGCUCACCAAAAUUCCGUAAGUGACCUUUGGGCCCAAAUAAUGGCCCAUCCCUGCAUUAGAUCGUAACAGUUAAUGUAUGCUUUCAAAUAGGUCUUUUCCAUAAGGUAUUGAUGUGCAAAUGACCAAAUUGGACCUGGAAUUCAGGUAAUUGUGACCUGAAAUUUCACAUGCAAUUUUGAAAAUAAGUCACUGUCCCAUUAAAUAUAUAUGCAUACCUUUCUAAAGUCCAGUAUUUGGGGCCAAUAUCUGUAGCAGGAUAAUCUGUGCUGCAAUCAGGAGAUAUCUGUUGAUGCAUUUACACCUUUGAUCCACCAUUGGGUUCUGUGCCCAUACACAUGGAAGGUGUACCCAUGUGUACUCCUUUUGGAAGCAGCAUUUGGGGCUAUUAAGCAAACCAAUAUAUAGUAAUGCUGCUUUUGCACCACAUGUCUAUUAGGACGAAUCAUUUUGCUUCUUAUUAGGAUUGAGUCUCACUAUUAAGCAUUUACAACAAUGUACAUAUUUGUAUUUUUCAGAAAAAUUGUAUAAUAUUUCAAUUGAAAUAAUAGAAUAGUAUUUAAAACAUGUUUUUUUAAAUACUGUAGACUUGCAGGUCUUCUACCUGAUUUUACAGUCUGUGAAGAUGCCCUUUAAACUUUUCAGUUUAAAUUAUUACUGAUUUUCAUUACAUGCCAUAUUCAUUCCAGUUUCUUAAAAUCAAAGUCUAUUUGUUGAAUGCCUGAAAAGAGCCAAAUUCUCCUCACUUAUGCACACAAAUAGUCCUGUUAAAGUUAUUGACAAUAUUUACAUGAGUAAGGACAGUAAGAUUUCUCUUACGGUCCAUUCUUUAGGGAAAGAUUGCUGCUUUAUGAAGAGAGACAUUUGUGGGACUCUCAAACACAUUUCCUAUUAGUUAGACACGUGUUGUUGCUAGGCACCUUUGUUGAAUUUCACUUUUGCCUGUAAUUUAGCUUGCAUGGAUUGUCAAUUUGGAAUUUCCUUUUAUAUAAAAAGAAUAUUAAUACUGAUUUCAAUUCCAGUGACUUAAUUAAAGCCCCCAGUUUAAAUACUGGCCCAACCAAGGCUACUGGAAGUUUUGUUGCUGGCUUCAGUUGGGUCAGGAUUUUGAAUGGGGCCUCUGAUUUUGAAGGUGAGGUGUGAAGCAAAAAUGCAAUCUAAAGUAAACAUAAUAUUGAAGAUAAGGUAUGCAGUAUAAAAUAUAGUUAUAUUCUGCGGGAUGCAGCACACAAUUUUUAAUAUUUUAAGCAUAAAUCCUCUGUAUGCUUCCCAGAUUGUUUUGAAUAUCCUAGACAUGUUUAAAGAAUAAAUUAUGCUGCAGAGAAACUGCAAAAGGGAUGAAAUUCAAGUCCAACUGGAGUUCUGAUGAUUUCCUAGAGGUCAGGAUUUUUUCACUGUACCAGCGUCCAACUGGCACUUUAAUGUUAGUUACUCCUUGUGUUGCCCUCAAGAGAUUUUUUGUGUUUUCUAGGACCUCAUUUUUCAUGACUGGUCUAGAUGGCCCAUAAGACAUUCUAAAGGGUUUCUUUGAUGGUCUAACUUGAGAAGAGUACAAAGGAUGUACGCUGCCUGCUCUCUACCUCCUGUGUUUUUGCUUUCUACUAAUGAAAGGUCCAAUACCAAACGGGUAGAAAGCAGAAAAUACAAUGUGUCUAGCUCUACAAUCAAAAUCUUCCUCUCAUGAAAUGAUAGUCAACUUUUUUAUCCAUUGAAGCUCCAUGAAAUGCUUAAGGGUGUCCCAAAGACAUUUAAACUUAUCAAUAAGAAGAGAAAUUCUAAGAGGAGAAAGAGCCUAGUAUAAAGUAAUUCUGCUUUAUAUAUUCAGAUAUAUAUGAUAACACAUGCUUCAAUGCACUGCAUGCAUUAUUAAAGAGGAGAUUUAAGUAAGCAGUAAUUGUAUUCAUUCAGUAAUUUACAAAGGCAUUCAGUAGAAAUAAUCCUAUCUGCUGUUUAACCUGCACUACAAGAAGCUUGCAAUUAAUUGUAUAUUCUUUCCAACUUGUUUGCACAAUACAAGUUAUUUAAAAUGUGUUCUUUAUCACCAUAUACAGUACAAAGCAAACUAACAUUUCCCUCAGUUUUGUUGGUAUAAAGAGCUUAUAGAAGAUCUUCAUAAGCCUGAUUUAAAACCCAUUGAAGUUGAUGAAAGCAUUGACUCCAGUCAGCUUUGGAUCAGGUUUAAUAUUAUGGGACCAGUUACUCUCCCACUAAUGUCAAAGUGGGGGAGAAAGAGUUAACCAUUGACUUCAAAGGGAACAGGAUGAGGCCUACUGUGUUGUUAUGGACCAUCUAUGUAGGUAAACAGUAUGAAUCUUCAUAGCUUUAAGGAACACACUAGUGGGUGAAGAUGUCAUUUUUUCAAUCUACUGUAGCCCACUGAUGCUUAAAGGAAAUAUUUUAUAUAUCUACACACACGCACAUAUACACUAUAUAUAAAUACAUACAGUACAAAUACAAUAACUUAACACUGGGUAACUUCUAAUGAUAGAUUUGCAUAAAUAAUACGGGUCUAUUUUUAUGUAAAUAGAAUAUUGUAGAGAAUCUUCCAGUCUUUUUCAGGAUUGUUAAAUUGAGAAGAGCAAUUGAAUAUUUGUCCUAUUUUUUAUGUUACAAAGUGAAUGGACUGAAAUGUUAAAUGUGAAUGUAAAUUUCUUAUUGCAACUUUUAUACUGAGUGUUUGCACUACUACAAUUUCUGGAACCUAAUUAAAAAAUAAAGGAAAAAUUUGCUUGAAUAAACA